AUGAGUUUAGAAAAACUUUUACCUUGGCGAGCAACAAAGCAAAAUAUACUGCCCUCGUCUUCAGCUUCGCACGCAAAAGCUGCUACUAUACCUUCGGAAUUGAUCUUACAGAUUUUUAAAUAUGUAACAUCUACUGCUGACCUUAAGUCUUGCAUUUUAGUGUGCAAAUCAUGGUGCCGGUGUGGAAUUGAAUUGUUAUGGCAUAAGCCAGUUUUCACUAGCAAUGCAUCCCUUAUUAAACUGCUGAUUACCUUAUCACGUAGUACUCAAACAUUUCAAUAUUCUCUUCUCAUCCGUCGUCUUAAUUUUUCUUUUUUGGGAGAGGAUAUUAGCGAUCAAAUUCUUGCUCGAUUGAGCUCCUGUGAAAGAUUAGAGAGGCUAACUCUUGGAGGUUGUAGAAGGUUGACAGAUAUAGGGCUUUUGAAAUUGCUAGAAAAGUCCGAUGGUCUAGUGGCUUUAGACGUAUCAGACAUUGAAAAUCUGACUGAUUCGGUAAUAGAACUAGUUGGUGAACGAUGUCGACGAUUACAAGGUUUGAAUGUGAGUUUGUGCAAAAAAAUUUCUGAUAAGAGCAUUAUGGUGGUAGCUUCAAAAUGCAGAAGUUUAAGGAGGAUUAAGCUUAGCCAUUGCGAAAAUAUUACCGAUGAAUCUGUUGUUGUUUUGGCUAAAAACUGUCCACACCUGUUAGAAUUAGAUCUUACCAAUUGUAACCAAAUAACCAAUAAAGCAAUCAAACCGGUUUUCGAAAAUUGCACACAAUUACGAGAACUCCGACUUGCCUGCUGUGCACAUCUCACCGAUGAAUCAUUUACAAGAACAGCGCCAUCGUUAUUCGAACAACUACGAGUGUUGGACCUUACAUCAUGUAAUCUUAUAACCGACCAGACACUUUUCAAGAUUGUCAAUAGCGCACCUAAAUUACGCAAUCUCGUGUUGGCCAAAUGCGUCAAUAUCACGGAUGAAGGAGUAUAUCAUAUUACUCGGUUGGGCAAACAUUUGCACUAUCUUCACCUAGGCCAUUGUUAUCGUAUUACAGAUCAUUCAAUAACUCACUUGGCUCGUCAUUGUACUCGUCUACGAUAUCUUGAUUUGGCAUGUUGCAACCAACUUACUGAUGCAUCAGUUUUUGAACUUUCUAACUUACCAAAAUUGCGUCGAAUUGGAUUGGUGAAAUGCGCUCUCAUCACAGAUCAGGCUAUUUUUGCUCUAAUCGAAAAUCGUGUUGUAGCCCAUACCCUCGAACGCGUGCAUCUGUCGUAUUGUGUUAACCUUACGAUCAACGCAGUGUUAGAUCUAAUUAACUUUUGUUAUCGAUUGACACAUUUAUCUCUUACCGGUGUUCAUGCAUUUCUACGUCCGGAUGUUCAACGCUUUUGUAGGCCACCGCCUAAAGAAUUCACCCCUCAUCAGAGACAAGUGUUUUGUGUUUUCAGUGGCAAAGGUGUAAAAGAUCUGAGAGCAUAUCUGAAUAAUACGCUUAUUGGACAACAAAGAGGUCGCAUCACUGGUGGAGUAGGCAAUGUGGAGGACCAAGUUGUGCAGCAACCCAUAACGGCUGGUGCUGAUAUUGAAGAUUCUGUGAUAUCUGAGGCAGAAGGUGUUGGUGGUGACAUAUCCGAAGGCGGAGAAGGCGAUAACGAUACAGGACGUGAAAAUUGA